AUGACUUCAUUUAAUUGUAUAUUUAGAUCGAUAUACAUUAGACAAUUAAUAUUCAAUCAUAUUGGUGAUAUAUCAAAACAAAGGUAUAAUGGUAGUAUUUAUGAUGGUAGACAACGAUCAUUAAAAGGAAGGGAUAUCAUCAAGUUACCCGAUCUUGGGAUGAUAUCAAGAUUUGCAAUGCCUUGGCACUUUCUAUGUCAUUAUCUACCAUCGGAUUGUAAUCAGAUGGUAGAGUUGAAGAAUCAAAGAAGAAUCAGAUUGAUCAAUGAAUACUGCUUUCAUCGUAAUGCAACAUUGGAUACAUUUGAACAUCUUGUGGAAUGGUCGACCGAUUUUGAAUAUCUGUGGAAUAUAUGUGCUACCUUGUUGUUGAAUCGUCGCGAAGCAAUCAAUCAAGAGAUAUUGGAAUAUCUAGUCAAGAAAUAUCCAAGAUACUCCGACUCUAACUUUCUCGAUAGGGCUAUAGAUGUCGCAGUCAAGAAUGGGUACCUCUCGACUGUCAAGUUGAUAGACUCUAUCGGUGCCGACGUAAGAAUCAGUUCUCAUGUAUUGGAUACUGCUUGUAGUAAAGGAUUCAUUGAUAUAAUAAAGUAUGUAUACGAGAAUAAUAGAACUGAUCGGUGUAGUACUGAUGGAAUGGAUGAAGCAGCAAAUCAUGGUCAUUUUGAUAUUGUAAAGAUACUUCAUUUUAAUAGCACUGGAGGAUGCACAAAGAAUGCUAUGGAUAUGGCAGCUCAAAAUGGUCAUUUCGAGAUGGUUAAAUUUUUGCAUGAGAAUCGUCAAGAAGGAUGUACUUGUCAAGCUAUUGAUCUGGCAUCAUUGGGCGGGCACAUUGAUAUCGUCAGGUACCUUUCAGAGCAUCGUACAGAGGGUGCGACAACCAAUGCCAUGGAUAGGGCUGCUUCAAAUGGUCACUAUGAAAUUGUAAAGUACUUACAAGAGCAUCGUAGCGAAGGUGCGACAACCAAAGCUAUGGAUGGGGCAUCUGCAAAUGGUCGCAUUGAAAUUGUAAAGUACCUUUCAGAGCAUCGUAGUGAAGGUGCAACAACUUGGGCUUUGGAUUGGGCUGCUGAAAAUGGUCACAUCAAAGUUGUAUCUUUUCUAAUCAAUGUCAGAAAAGAGAAAUACGAUGCACAAAAACUAUUAGAAACUGCAUCUCUUAGACACUAUGAUCUUUCCAAUUGGAUUCUAACACAAUUUGGAGAUACACUGGGAAUAGAAUCACUUGAAAAUGUUAAGAAUUAA